CUGAGUUCCAGGGUUAGGCACAACGAAACGUUGGGCAGCAACGAUGCAGAAGCUGAUACUCUGCUGUCUCAUCAUCAUCAGUGUCUCCUGUCCUCUCUUGUCUCUCCCCAUCAUCAAUGCCAGUGAGAUGUCUUAUCAACACUCAGCUGAUGAAGAUCCAAGGUUAAACCUGGAGAGGCUGGGCAGCCUUGGAAGCACCUCCCUGCUCCAGCUCCUGCCAGAGCUCCUGGGCACUCUGUCUGAGGACAACAAAGCAGGUCUUACCCCCAGCAGCUACAACCCAGGGGAAAAUAUCAAAGAGACUUUCUAUGGGAAUCAUCCUCGAAUUGCUUUGCUGGGACGCUUCUUGACCAAGGACAGGAAACAGUACAAGAAACGUGGAAAUCUUUCUGAGUGCUUCUGGAAAUAUUGUGUGUAAACAGGAAUCUCCCUGGUUGCAUAUUUAUACAGAUGUCUGAAAACAUGUCUAUAGAUGUGCUUGAUUUAAAACGAGAGCGAAG